AUGGGAUUGUUCCGUGCCAACGACCAGACUCAAAAGCUGAGGCGGCGGCAAUGGUCAGUUGAGCUGCAACCUCGCGAGGAUGGUUGGCUGGGACAGGCUACCGACUGCAUGGUAGCGGAUGCCAUCCAUCAAUCAUCACAAGUCUUCUUGUCUGGUGAACCGCAGUGCUUGGCGCGGCCAACAGGAGACGCACGGGAAACGAUAAGCCCCAUCAACGGCACACUCCCGCCGAGUUCGAAUGCGAAUGAUGAAAGUCAUUUUCGAUUCAGCCACCCGCCCGUGGUCGCUGUGGUCCAGACCCGACAGUCUGGUACCAUCUUACCCAUCCUUGCACGGAGUGCAGCAUGGGGAUACGAGUACAAAAGCAAUGGUUCAUACCUUGUCGGCUCCUCGGUCUGGCCCUGGUUCCGAGACUGCGUUGAGUACGUUGUACGAUGGCCGGAUGCCUCCCUUGGGGGGUUGGUUAUUCCACGAAACGGGGCAUCCGCUCGUCCAGUCCCGAACAAUGAUCAGCUCAGCCCGGUUCCUCCGGGCUUCCUGCUUGUCGCUCAUUUUAAUCACAGAUGCAUAAAAACUGCCAGCUGCGUCUCAGAGUCGCCGCUGUCGGCAGCUUCCGAGUUGGUGUCCCUCGCGUCGACGCUGAAGAGCUGGCUCACCGCCAAGUUCAAGGGGAGUCCUGCUUCUGGCGACACGCCGGGCAUCAGUACCUUGUACAACGGCAAAUAUGAAUCACCAGUUGGUAUGGAGGCGUUCGGGCUGCAGGCUGUUGCAGCUAUCGAUUACUUCGUGCAGGGGGGCGAGGACCAGGGUCUAUGCGUCAACAGCAGCUCUUUGCUCGAUUCGGUUAAGAAGCGCGUGUUCCGAGACAAAGCCAUUGAUUGGUGCCUCAUUGAACGACAGAAUGUUUAUGGGGGAGAGGGAGCGUACCUGGACAAGAAGGGAAUAGACCAGGAAAGACAAUCAAAGUUGUAUGAUCGUGGUCUGUUCCGAGAUCCCUGCUUCGUUCGAAACAGAAUCCUCAUGUCCUGGUUUGGUCUGUUCAGGGUAGAUGAGACAUGCGGACCAGACAGUCUUGUCGGGAGGAAACCUGCUGAGUUCCAUCGUUUUAUCCCCUGCGCCCCCGCGUCCACGCAUCAGCAGCAAGACCUUAGCAUGUGUCUUUACUCCGCCGUGGACCCUUAUGAUGUACUGCACUGUACUGCACUGUAUCCGGAUCAAGCCCAAGACGACGCCGUUGCGUACCUUAUCAUGGCUUGGGCCGGCAUGAGUGGCUGGGACGCCGUUUUUCGGAGGCUGAUUCUUCGGGAUGUUGCGCGUGCUAAUAUGUAUGUCGAGAGCGAGAAAAAGAUGGAGAAGAUGCGGACAAUACGACGGAGUGGUGACGUGUACAAUGGGGUCGAAGAAGUCGACAACGUCGUCUUAAUUGCGAUGGCCAUUGCAGUGACUCCGGAUGGGCGAUGGGAUGCUCCUACCCCUACAUCACUCUCCCUCUACCAGAAAUAUCAGAAGGAGACUUCUUCGUCACCCUCCACCGCUCCUACUCUCCGACAUCUUGCUGGUGGGGUGAAGGACCAGGAUAGUGGACACGCUAAUCACAGGGCGCAGGUGCACCACCUCCAGACCCUCAAGACCCACUUCCCCACUUCCGAAUCCCACGGCGUGGAUACUUCGCGUGAAUGCACCACCAUCGCUGAGCCCUUCUCCCUCUCCCCACCCCGCUCCCGGGCCGGUAGGCCAGCCAGAAACCAUGAUCCCAGCUCUACGGGCCUGUGCGAUACCUUCAUCCAAACACGGCAUGACGAACUACCAUGCCCAAGUCGCAAUCGAGGGAACAUUGCCGCGACAAUUGACCAGGGACAGACGACCCGGCCGGUCGAAGACGAAACAAGACAAGAUUUGGGGGCCACACGGCCUUCAGACACCGAACACACCAGCAGAAGUCCCUACGUUAGAAGUGGGACUGGUCAAAGGCGGCUCCUUCAAGGCCUAUUUGUAUUGCUUCGUUACGUCGCAGAUUUCCCCUUGAACCAGGAUAGGACCGGGACGGGAAGCACACCGGCUCGCGCCAACCCCAUUUUUCCCCCUUCCCGUUUGGCCGAGUCAGUUUUAUCACCACACAAUCUCGCCAGUCAAGACAACACUGGGGAUGUCAGUUUGGUUGGUCACGUCCUAUUCCGGCACGACUCCUUUUCGGAAUUCCGCCCGGAACAGCGAGCAGUCACGCAGAAGUCGCAUUAUCUGCCAUUUGGAUUCGUCAAACUAGCAUCCAAGUGGACUUGUGUCUACCCGCAAUCCACCUUGUCGGUCCUUCCGCCAACCACGUACCUUACAUUCCUCCCCAGCUGCAUCUCCCACAUCCACCGCCCAAUAUCAGCAACCGAAAAGCCCGAAACCAGCAAAGAGGAAUUGGGAAGGAGGGGCAGAGCAGAAUUGCCUAGGGGGGAGAGGAAAAGGAGGCAAGAAGAAGAAAAAACCACAUCUCCAUUCCAGCGACCCCAUCCCACGAGUCCUCGAGUCGUCUUUGCACCACCCCCUUGUCUCUUCAACUUUGUUGCGGCGUCCCAUCCCACCAUUCCUCACUGCCGACGGGAGUGUCCGCUGUCGCAUCGGGCCGGGCCAGUUUUCUUCGUUCUUACGGUCUUGUCUUCUCACCAAGCGCUCUCGUCGAAUUUUGCAACGCUGCACACCGCUCGCAUCCCCCCCAACUUCCCCUUUUUCUUAACCGCUACCACGCCGUCGUCAGGGUCGUCUCCAAACUACCAAGAACGCGUGACCGGCAUUGUCACCUUCUCCUCUAAGAGACUUGGACUCCUGCCAUAUCUCUCUCGCCCGCUUUUGUGUGACGCUCCCGACUCGGCCAACGAGAGCGGCCGUGAAGCGGCCAGAACCUACCCAGCAAGCGGCUCAAACACAGUCUUCGGCGAGAAGCGCGAAGGCAACGGUCUUUCCCCAGAAGUCUUCUCUCCUCGCUUUGGACAGCCCUUCCUGUGUUGCCCAUUUCAUACCUCCCACCGUCCCUAUCAUUGUCCGCUUUUCGCCGCAAUAUGGCUGCGACUGGGCGGCACAACCAGAACCACAACCACAACCACCGGCACCGAGGUCGAGGCCAUAAGCCGAUCAGGUGGCGCCCCGUCCGCUUCUCUACCGUCAAGGACCGGACCACCGCGCAUGCAUGCACAUCCCACACGCGCGAGUUCGCACACCCGCAUGCACUUGCUCGGAUUUCGGGCCAACAACGUCUCGUCUCGUCUCGUCUCGUCACGUCACGCACUUUCUCUUCUCUUCCUGCUUUUGCCUCCUCCCUCCGUCUAUCCGCCUUUCCAUCUACCCAGAUUCGUGUCCUGUUCCCUGCACGCCAGCUCUGCCCUCGAAAGGAGGCAAACAAUCUUGUUUUUCACAGGUGCCUGCCACGUCCUCAAGCCCGCUGGACUGUUGGCCGUUUUGGUGAUCCUCGCUAUUCUUCUGGUCGCAUUAGGGCCUCCUCGUUUCGGCGACGUGUCGUGUCUUGUCCCACACUACACCGGCGCAACAGGCGGGAACCAGAUGCUUUGCUCAUCUCGUGUACCUACCUGUGAGAGUUUGCAACCACAACAGCCAACAAGUCGAGUGACUUCUCAUGUCGAGUCGCUGGCAUCACUCAUCCAAGUCGGCCGGCCGUCAACAUUAUACGCCAACCUUGCUUCCUCAUGUUAUGCUUCGGCAAUCUGCAGCCUGCCUAGUACCGCUCUCGCCGAUCUUGCGCCCAACCUCUGGCCCAAUUUGCUUCAACCGACGCUCAUCGGUUUCUUGAUUGAUCCACGUCGGUUUCCCAGCUUCAACGGAGACUCUGGCUUUGACCUUCAAGGAGUUGACCUGGAUCCACUGCAAACGCCACGGUUUCUUCUGCCCCAUACCGUCUCUUGGCAAGCAU